GCUCCGCGGCAGCAGCCGGGGAGAACACCGCGCCGCCGCCGGGAUUCGCGGCAGCUUUUGGCGAGGAGCUGAGCGGGGGGGGGGGAGAGGCACAAAAGGGAAGGACGGAGGGAAAGUCCCUCCCACGCCCCCCUCCCCCAAGUUUAUGAUGGGGGUCCGGAGGAGCAGCUCUGCUCCGCAGCAACCGCUCGCCUGCUGAAAACUUGCUGCUCCGCUUUUGGGGGUUGCUGAGCUGGAAGAUGCACAUCUAAGAUGGAAACUUCUGCUUCAACUGCUGCUGGGAAAAAAGAAGGGAAAGGUGCAGUUCUGGAGGGGAAUGGCUUUACGGAGACGGGGAAGAAACCCACUCCUUUAGCAGCUGCAGGAGCAGCAGUGGCACAAGGAGUGCCGCAGCACAUUUUUCCGGCCUUCCACGCUCCUUUGCCAAUUGACAUGCGCCACCAGGAAGGACGAUACCAUUACGAACCUCACUCUAUCCACGCUAUCCACGGGCCUCCUCCUCUGAGCGGCAGCCCCGUCAUCUCCGACAUCUCCCUCAUCCGCCUGUCUCCACACCCUGCCGGGCCUGGCGAGUCACCCUUCAGCCCGCCGCACCCUUACGUGGCACCCCACAUGGAGCACUACCUCCGCUCCGUCCACAGCAGCCCCACGCUCUCCGUCAUCUCUGCUGCCAGGGGCCUCAGCCCUGCUGACGUGGCUCACGAGCACCUGAAGGAGCGAGGUCUCUUCGGGCUGCCCCCGCCGCCGCCGGGAGCCAACCCCACCGACUACUACCACCAAAUGACGCUGAUGGCCAGCCACCCGAACCCCUACGGGGACCUCCUGAUGCAGAGCGGGGGAGCAGCCAGCACAGCCCACCUCCAUGAUUACCUCAGCCCUGUCGACGUGUCCCGGUUUUCGAGCCCGCGGGUGACUCCGAGAUUAAGCCGAAAACGAGCCCUGUCUAUCUCCCCGCUGUCUGAUGCCAGCAUUGAUCUCCAGACGAUGAUCAGGACCUCCCCAAACUCUCUUGUGGCGUAUAUCAACAACUCCAGAAGCAGUUCAGCGGCGAGUGGCUCCUAUGGCCAUUUAUCUGCCGGGACAAUCAGUCCGGCGUUCAGCUUCCCCCACCCCAUUAACCCCGUGACGUACCAGCAGAUCCUGACCCAGCAGAGAGGCCUGAGCUCAGCCUUCGGACACACUCCUCCCCUGAUACAGCCGUCCCCAACCUUCCCCCCGCGUCAGCAUAUGGCGGUCAUCUCUGUCAACCCACCGCCGGCACAGAUCAGCAGCAACAGCAACUGCAUCUCUGACUCCAGCCAGAGCAAGCAGAGCAGUGAGUCGGCCGUGAGCAGCACAGUCAAUCCAGUAAUUAACAAGCGCAGCAAAGUCAAGACUGAAGUCGAGGGCUUGCCCCCAGCGUCCCCAACCACACAGGAGCAUCUGACAGACCUGAAAGAAGAUCUAGAUAAGGAUGAAUGUAAACAGGAGCCUGAGGUUAUUUAUGAGACGAACUGUCACUGGGAAGGGUGCACAAAGGAAUAUGACACUCAAGAGCAGCUCGUCCAUCACAUCAACAACGACCACAUCCAUGGGGAGAAGAAGGAAUUUGUCUGCCGCUGGCAGGACUGCACGCGGGAGCAGAAGCCCUUCAAGGCUCAAUACAUGUUGGUGGUGCACAUGCGAAGGCACACCGGAGAGAAGCCACACAAGUGCACGUUUGAGGGUUGCUCCAAAGCCUAUUCCCGCUUGGAGAACUUAAAGACACACCUGAGGUCCCACACUGGAGAAAAACCCUAUGUCUGUGAACACGAAGGCUGCAAUAAAGCUUUUUCCAAUGCCUCGGACAGAGCCAAGCACCAGAACAGGACGCAUUCCAAUGAGAAACCCUACGUCUGUAAAAUCCCUGGCUGCACAAAGCGGUACACAGACCCUAGCUCCCUCAGGAAACACGUCAAGACCGUGCACGGGCCCGAUGCCCACGUCACGAAGAAGCAGCGCAAUGAUGUUCACCCGAGGCCACCUCCACUCAAGGAAAAUGGGGACAAUGAGGCAAGCGCCAAGCAGAGCAGCAAGGUUUCAGAGGACAGCCCCGAGGCCAACAGCACCUCAAGGAGCAUGGAGGAUUGCUUACAAGUCAAAACGAUAAAAACAGAGAAUUCUGUGAUGUGUCAGUCCAGUCCUGGUGGCCAGUCAUCAUGCAGCAGUGAGCCGUCACCCCUUGGCAGCACCAACAACAAUGACAGUGGAGUAGAAAUGAACAUGCACAGCGGGGGAAGUCUGGGAGAUCUGACGGCGUUGGAUGACAACGCUCCUGUUGUGGACUCAACGGUCUCAUCUGGUAAUUCGACAGUCAGCCUGCAGCUAAGGAAACACAUGACGACGAUGCAACGACUUGAACAGCUCAAGAAAGAGAAACUCAAGACAGUUAAGGAUUCCUGCUCAUGGGUGAGCCCAGCUCCACAAGCCAGAAACACCAAGCUGCCUCCCAUCUCAGGAAAUGGCUCUAUUCUAGAAAAUAGUGGUGGUUCUUCUGCUACGCUGCCUAACCCCAGAAUAAUGGAGCUGUCUGUCAAUGAGGUUACGAUGCUGAACCAACUAAGCGAGCGCCGUGAUAGUACAACAAGCACCAUCAGCUCCGCCUACACCGUCAGCCGCAGAUCAUCAGGGAUCUCCCCAUACUUCUCCAGCCGCCGUUCCAGCGAGGCUUCGCAGCUCGGGCACCGCCCCAAUAACACAAGCUCUGCCGACUCCUACGACCCGAUUUCGACAGAUGCCUCCCGUCGGUCGAGCGAGGCGAGCCAGUGCAGCGGGAUGCCGGGUCUGCUGAACCUCACACCAGCUCAGCACUACAGGCUGAAAGCCAAGUACGCUGCUGCCACGGGGGGCCCUCCUCCAACUCCCCUGCCGAACAUGGAGAGGAUGACCCUGAAGAACAGGAUCUCACUUAUGGAUGGACCAGACCCCACCUUGCCCUCCAUCCGCCUCCCUCCAGGCCCCAGGCGUUGCAGCGAUGGUAACACCUAUGGCUACCAGUCAGCUGCAGCGUUUCCCCACGAGGUGCCGGGCAACUGCACGAGACGGGCAAGCGACCCGGUGAGGAGACCUGCCGGAGACCCCCAGGCCCUCCCGCGAGUUCACCGCUUCAACAGCACCAACAGCAUGAACCCCUUCCAUCCUUCACACCCUACGGACAGGAGGAAUUUCGGCCUCCAGAGCUACGGGCGCUCGGAUGGGAGCCUCCCCCGGCACACCUACUCGCCCCGGCCGCUGAGCAUCAGCGAAAACAUUGCCAUGGAAGCCAUGUCCGGGGAGGCGGAGGCACCCGUCGGAGACGACGAUAUUAUGCUGCCAGAUGACGUGGUGCAGUACAUCAAAUCCCAGAGCAACGGGACGGCAGCCGAGAGCACUUCCAUGGGGUACAGCAAUGAGAUGCAGGGCUUCCAGGGAAGCGGGAAGCUGCAGCCUCCAGCCUUGCCCGGCCAGCGCAGGAUGGCGGUGGCCGAGGCAAGCAUGAGCCACUUGGGACCCAUGAUGGCAGAGUGUCCCAUGAGCUUUGAUGCCUCCUCAGACAUGAAUAAAAAUAACAUGCCUGUCCAGUGGAACGAGGUCAGCUCGGGGACAGUUGAUAUCAUGUCCAAUCAGUCGAAGCAGCAGUUUUCACAAGGGAACUUAGCGGUGGUCCAGCAGAAGCAGAACUUUGGUCAGUACCAGAACUACAACCAGCAGCAGAUGCAGCUGCCGGAGAACAGUAUGAACAUAACACAGCAGAGCUUUAUGCAAAGAAAUGUGAGCAUGGACGGGCAGAGGCUAAACUGUAUGCAGCUGCGGCAGCAGCCGAUGAGCCUAGGCCCCGGUAUGAACCCCGAUCUGGGCUUGCACGCAGGGUAUAACCAACCUCAUCAGAUGCUGAGCCCCAGUGCAAUCAGUGGCAACCCAAAUCAGAUCUCUCCUUCUUGUAGCAGCAUGGCAGCAAAGUCUGGACCCCACCUUCACCCUCAGCAAAUGGACAUGGCGACCGACCCUUCUUUAAUGGUCAGCAGCAACAGCGAGCGCGCGAUGCUGGGCCAGGUCAUGCACGAACCGAGUCAGCAGAACUACUCAUCUCAGCCGACCCGCCUGAACUUCCCCAUGGCUCCGGAGGCCUUUCAUCAGCCCAUCAUGACCUCCAACCAGCCCAGCUUUGAGCCUCAGCAGAGCAUGAUGGGUUCAGCCACGCAGGCGUAUCCGCCCGCCAUGGUCCAGCCUCGUCCUCCGCCCGAGCCAAGCCCAGCCGGCAGACCCCGAGGCCUCCGCACCGUCCAGCAGCUGGGCUACAUGAGAACUCCCCACCCUACAAACACCAUCAGCCCGGGCCAGGAGGCGGCGGAGGCCAUGCAUAAAAGAACCAGUGACAUGUUGCCGGCACCAGCCCAGCAGUGCGUGGACGGCACGAGGGAAAACAAUUUGAUGUACUAUUACGGUCAAAUCCACAUGUAUGAACAGAACAGCAGCUUCGAUAAUCACGCGGACUGCCGGGUCAGACAACAGCAGUGCGCGCUGAACAGCAAGCCGGCCGCUCUGCCUUCCCCGGGCGCGAACCAGGUGUCCAGCACGGUGGACUCGCAAGGUCUUGAGCCGCCCCAGAUAGAUUUCGAUGCCAUCAUGGACGAUGGGGACCAUUCGAGCCUGAUGUCGGGAACUCUGAGCCCCAGCAUCCUGCAGAACCUCUCCCAGAACUCCUCUCGCCUGACAACUCCACGAAACUCUCUGACACUGCCCACCAUACCCGCGGGAAUAAGCAAUAUGGCAAUAGGCGAUAUGAGCUCCAUGCUAACUACGCUGGCGGAAGAGAGUAAAUUUCUAAACAUGAUGUCAUAACAGUAAAGCACAAGGCCUUAGUGCUAUCCAAGGGGCUCUGCGUGAAGCAGUUUUAUGAAUGUGCUUUUCAAAAAUAAUCUGUUUCAAUAGAGUAGAUUUUUUUUUAUAAGUAUUAAAUACAUUAAAGGGAUUCAAAAUGAAAAUUUUAAAAAGUCUCUGUACAGAAUUAUGUAAACUAUAUCCAGGCAGUUUAGCACCGCAAUGGUGCACCUCUAGUAUUAUUUUUUGGCUUGGUUUCCCAGAGCACUGAACGGUAUCGCCACCAAGCUAGGAGACAGCAUGAGCGUGGUUAGAGAUGAAACCCUCCCUCCCCGGCAGCCCUGUAAAUAGCACUCCCCAUCAUUUUCCGUUAGUUACGUUUGCAAAAAAUUCCAUUUUCAACCUGCCCCAGAACGAAAUGGGAGGAUGCGGUUUUGAUCAGAAUAAAAGCCAUACUAUGUAUUCUGCUCUGAUGAGACUAGGGUUUAGUUACGUCUCCAAACAAGCCCUCUGCCAGCAGUAUUGUUUUAUACCGUAAAUACCUUUAUACCUUGCAAAGAGCGUUGAUCCCAAACAGCUUCUCAGCAAAGUGCCUUACCAUGCUUUCGUGUUAAGUAGCCAAGGCCUCUCUUCCUUUAAAAAUCAAAUAUAGUGUAUUGCCAGAAGCGUAUAUAAAAUGUACAUUUAUAAAAACAUAGUGGUGUUUCUGAGAAAACAUUGGAAAGACACAUUGAUGAGACACAUAAAAGGUGAAUGCACACUUUGAUCAGAUGUGUUUACAACGUGGUUUAUAUCAUGUGCAGAGUGGAGCAGAGGCCUGGGAACAGCAAUCACCGGGAAAUAAUCCCCCGUGGCAGGAAGGCUUCGGUGUGCAGACUGACACACAUGCAUAACUUUGUGCCCUCUGAGCGCAGUGACUUUCUGCAGGGGCUCCGCAUGCAUCUUUAAUGUCAGAUCUCUGAAACGUGCAUUACCAUAUCCCUGUGCAGCUUUGCAAUGGCUUCGCUUUCUGUUGGGUUUUCCAUGCUGAGGUGCUCACAUACAAAAGUGAUGGUGAUGGAGAGAGUUUUGUGAUCAUUGCAGCCCAGCCUGCACCGUGGCAGCGUUGUGGGAGCUGGUUUAUCUGGCCAGGGUUGUCUGUGUAAUAUACUCCACGCAGGGCUCUGCCUGGGCUCCACGCACACAACCGGCGCGUGGCUGCACUGAUGCGAGGCCAAGCAUGAGCUAAUACACCCUGCCCUGCAAGCAGGCUUUGUUGGCAUGCACCCAGUGCUACAUUAAUGUGUCCCACAGCUUUGGUCAGCAUGAAAAGAGCUGCUGUAUCCAAAAAAUAUACCAUGGACAACCCGGGGUGUUAGUUUGGCUAGUGCUUUGUGCUACAGUACAUAGCUACUCUUUGUACCCAGCCUGGUUCAAUUCAGCACUGCACCUGCAGUCUAUAGCGUAGGCAAACAUCUGGGUAGUCUCAAAACAGGUAUUUGAGUCAAAAUAGUAGCUCGGUCAGUGAGAAUCUCUUGGAAACAUCCUUGAGGAAGAGAUGGGAGGAACAGGGCCUCCCAAAGCCAAAUCCUCCACCAAAAUACAAGUGCUGGUAAUAAUGAUCAGCUGUUUCCAGGCUGGUCCCACCUGGCAGUGAAGUCAAGCUCAGUUGCAUUAUUUAUUUUUGCUGUCGUUAGACAAAGAGGGUAGGUGCAUGUACCUGGGUAGGAGGCCUUGCUUUCACUUCUGACUGCGUUGGACAAGGACAACUCUCUUCCUGCUCUCGUAGCAUCAGAUACUUUGUACCCGGUAUGUUGAAGGGCAGGGGACAAGUGUGACAUCCCCCCCAGGUUCUCACAGUUUGACCGGACAAGCAUCCGCAGAAGCUUCACUCUCUCCUUCUUGUCUCCCCUCUCCCCCUCAUAUCAAUGUGAUGUUCUCACUUGCAUCUGACUCCAUCCUCUGCAUGAGUCAGGGACAGCUCUCUAAAGGUGCUUUCUGGUGUCCUUUCUGCUUUCCUUUUGCACAAACUGAUGUCAGGCUCACUCUUCCCGGCAUGACCAGGGGCUGGCAUGAAAAUGCCGUGUGUUACCUCCAGGCAAACUUUGCGCUAUCAGAUACGCCAGCAGCCCUGCUUGGCAGUGGUGGGUUGGGACAGCGCUGCUGCCAGGUAGCCCUGGGUAUGGCUGGUGCAGGAAGGUGCUGCUCAGCAUCCAGCCAUCUCACCCGUCCUCAUCCUACAGGCAGAGGGUGCGCACAGAACGCUCUCACCCCCACCCUUCACCCCUCGAGGUCCCCGUGACUCCUGCUGAUGUCCAGGGUGCAUGAGGACAGGAAAGCAAAGCAAGGUGCCUGGCUGUUUAUUUGUGUCUACCAUGAAAAUUGUGUUUAAAGGGAUUGUUUUAUAGUCCGCUGUAUAUAUUCUCCUGCAGUUACUGACCUUGCCCUUGCCUUUGCAUUUAUGAAAAGAGGGCAGUACAUAUUUUAGGACAUUGUAUGUUGUCCUGGACGCUUGGAGUACAACUGGGCAUCCCUUGUGCUGAGAUGGAUCAGGCUUUCGUGUGUCCUUCAACUGCUAAUCUGAUUUUUUUCAACAGCUGCGCAGGGCAACGAUGGCUACCGAGUCCCUCUUCACAGAUAUCUCAUUAGCAAAAGAUCAAAUACAAAAGCAAAACCAAAUCUCCAAUGACUUGAGAUUUCUCAGACUUUCCAGUGGUGGUCUUCCUUCAUUUACUGAAAAAGUAUUAUAAUAACCAUUCCAGCACUGUAUAUAUUAUGUAUAGAAGACAUCAUUACUAAAAGUACUGUAGGUGAAUUGUUCUGUCAAAUUUAUAUCUUAAGAACAUUUUUAGCUGUUUUCUACAUCAUAAGAAAGGAAGUAACAUGCUGAACCUGUAUAUAAACCUUUUGUACAUUAAAAAGUAAUUUUUUUCAUAA